AUGCAGGAUACCCACAGGGGCUCUGCAGGAAUAUAUGCUCCUCCUCCCCCUGUUUCUGCUCCUACUUCUGUUACGGAGGCGGUGGUGGCGCAGCUACCACCACUCGCACAACCACCACCGCCACGCUCACCCACCACAUCGUCUCCAGCGAAACGCUCUGUCACUGCCAGUAGCGUUGCAGUGAUACGGAGCCCAAUGGCGAUGAACACACUUCAGACGUGCGGUUCUGCCGUGGGUUCUUCUCCAGUUGGAGCCGUUACUGCUGCGAACGGGGCAAUGGAGGACGCGUCGCCACUGUCCACCACCACCGCCGCCGCCGAAUACGCGGAGAUUGAGCAGAAACAGAUUGAAUUGCGUAGCGUCGUAGAGCACCGCAUCUUAACACUUGAAUGUUCACUCCAACGCCGCGAAGAAGAACUCGAGGUGCUGCGUGCGCAACUGCGCAAGACCGAAGAGGACUACCAAUUUAACUACGAUCUCAUAAAGGAUCGUGACGCGGCGUUGGAGGAAGCAGCGACACAGCUCCAAUCCCUCUAUGACGAGCUGAAGCGCCUCAAGUCUGAGGAGGCGGCAACGACGAAGCGGCUGGAGGGCUUAGAACAGGAGACGCAUCAGCUGCGGCAGCGGCUGCGCGAGACGGAGGUGCGACGCGAAGAGGCCGUACAGAAGGUACAGCAGGCAUACCAGCUCAAGGAGAGACAGCUGAAGGACGCGAUCACCCACAAGGACACGGCGUUGGAGGCCGAGAAGCAGCGGCUCCACGAGGAAUACCUGCGGCGAUUUAAGACACUUGAUGAUGCCCGGGUGGAGGUGACGCAGAAGAGUGAGGCGUUGGCGGUAGAGCUAGAAGACAAAUGGAAACAGCAGUUACAACGGAUGGAGGAGAAGCUUAGCGCCUCCCUUGAGACGAUUGAUGCGGUGCAGCGUGAGAAGAUGGCGUGCGAGGGGCGCUGUGUGGAGGUGACGCAGGCUCUCUCUCUUCUGAAACAUGAGCACGAGACGCUCCAACAGCGGUAUGAUGCCGCGGUGGCAGAGUUAGCGGAAAAACAGUGCAAGUUCGAGGCGAAACUGAAUGAGUGCAGCGCUAUAAUGGGGCAAGGUAUUGCCACCGCGGAGGACAGCAUCCGCCAGCAUACACAGCGGGCAAAUAAGCUAGAGAUAGAGUGCGGCCAACUGCAGUCGCAAGUGACAGAUCUACAGGAGCGCCUUCAGGCGGCGCGUCUGCAGCGCGAUGAGGACGCCAAGCGCUUCUUGGAGGAGAGCCGCGAGACACAGGAGCGGUACCGCCAGGCGGCAUCUCAGGUGGAAGAACAGCGCCGGACAUGGAUAGAGACAGAGCUUCAGCUGUCUCAGCGCGUGCAGAAGGUGCAGAGCGAGCUGGAGGCGGCGCAACAAGAUAACAGCGCGCUUCUGAGUCGCGUGAGCGAGUGGCAGAAGCUACACGAGAGCUCUGAGCGUAGGCGGGUGCAGUGUGAACAGGAGCUGGAGCGCGGCCGGCGGGAACUGCAGCGCUGCAGCGAGGAAGAGCAGCGCACCGCUGCCCACGCGCAGGAACUGCAGCGUGUUGCCGAUGAGAAACUGCACGCUGCCGGCCGCGACGCGGAGGACGCACGCGAGGAGGCGGAGCGGGUGCGGCGGCAACAGCGCGACGCCCAGGAGCGGUCACAGGCGGAAAUGGCUCGGCUCACACGCGAGCUUCAUGCCAGCGAGGCGGCGCGCCGUGCUCUGGAGGAGCACUACCACCUUGCGGAGGACGUCAACGGGCAGCGUGGGCUCAUCGACGCCCUGCGACGUGACAAGGAGGCACUCGAGAAGAAGGCGCUGGAGCUCGAACGCACUAACGCGGCGAUACGCGAGCAGGUGGCCUCCUUUACGAUGGAGCUGCAGAACGACCCGGUGGUGAAGUCUGCGAAGGAGACACAGCGGCGCGUGCAGGAGCUGCAGGAGGAUUUGCUGCGGGCCCGCGAUGACAACCAACGCUUACAAGACGCGCUUCGCGAGAAGGAGGAAGAGACAUCACGCUACCAGCUGGAGAUUUUGCGCGCGCGCUCAACGGAGACUGCGGCGCUGCACCAGCGUGACCGCGAAGACCAACGGCUGCGGCAGGAAUACCAGAACGCGAAGGAGGCGUACGAACGCAUGCGCCAAUCCCUCAAGGAGCAGCAAUAUCAACAACAACAGAGGCGACGGGCGCCGUCUGGUAAACCGGAGGAGGGUGACGAGGGUAGCGACAGCGACAAGGGUGAGGCGAAGAGCCACCGACGCGGUGGUAAGCGGCCGGGCGAUGGCCCGGAGAAGGACAUGGUGCUUUUACGCGAAGCGGAGCUCUGGCGACGGAAGUAUCUGCAGCUGGAACAGAGCGUCCGGGAUCUCCUUCGUGAACGUGACAGCCUCACGAAAGAGCUGCACCUCACACGCCAAGAUGUCGACGCGCUGACAAGCGAAAAACAGUCUCUUGUCGACUUGAACUCCUUGCUGAAGGCGCAGUUGCGAGAGGCGUACCGGACGGCGCUGGAAUACCCGCAACAGCAGCACCAACAACAACAACAACAACAGCAACAGAACCAGCAGCAACUUCAACCAGCAGUCUUUCCACAGCAUUUAGAUCUGGCGACGGUGUCUAGUAGAGCAACAGUAGCAGCAGCGGCAGGGGAGUCAUCACAAUCGGCGCCACAGCUGGCUGUGGAUGCUGUCCUUAGCAGUGGCUCAGCAGCAGCAGCAAAAAGAGCAGCAGGUGGAGGAGCAACCCAAAAGCUGUCGGCCGACGCUGAGCGCCUUGCCGUCCUUGAAGAGGAGCUGGCCGCGAUGAAGGCACAUAUGGUGGCGCAACGACCGGGUGCCGUGCGUCCCAUGCGUCAUGGCAUUCCUUCUACCGCUGUUAGUACCACUACUGCGACUGCUGCUGUGGGUGCUGGGCGAGGGAGCACACGAAAGUCACUGAAGGAAAGGCCACAGCAACAGGAGCAACAGCAACAGCAGGCUUCCACCUGUGCGUCUAUGAGUCGAUCUCUCAGUCGGAGUGGGGUGCCGUUGGUGCAACGAGGUUCCACCGCGGUUCGCCACUACGGCUAUUUGUAA